AUGGCUUCAGAAGACAUCGCCCAGCUGGUCGAUGCUCUUUCCGAAACCCACUUAGGGGAUGGAGAGCUAAGCUAUAAAGGCUUGGGAUUGAAGCUAGACAAUGUGGAGUCAGUGGAAGAGCUGGUCCAAGAGAUCGAACGGUACCAGCAUUUGAGAGCUUUGCGCUUGGAGGGAAACACAUUGGGAGUGGAUGCAGCCAGAGCCAUCGCCAAGGCACUGGAAAGUAAAGAUCGGCUUCAGAGAUGUUACUGGAGUGACCUUUUUACUGGAAGAUUACGCUCUGAAAUCCCAAUAGCUCUGAAAUCCUUGAGCGGUGGAUUGAUGAUCGCGGGUGCCCGUCUGACCGUGCUGGACUUAAGUGACAACGCUUUUGGACCAGAUGGCGUGAAGGGCAUCGAUCAGCUGCUGAGAAGCACCUGCUCCCACACGUUGAGGGAGCUGAGGCUCAAUAACUGUGGAAUGGGAAUCGGGGGAGGAAAAAUCUUGGCAGAAGCACUGAUGGAAUGUCAUAGACAGUCAUCGGAAUCAGGAACGCCACUCGCGCUAAGAGUAUUUGUUGCUGGGAGGAACCGCUUGGAAAAUGAAGGAGCAAGUGCCCUGGCCAGAGCUUUUCAGUUAAUGGGCAGCCUAGAGGAGGUCCACAUGCCCCAAAAUGGCAUCAACCACUCGGGCGUGACUGCUUUAGCAGCGGCCAUGCGGCAUAACAAAGAUCUCCGCGUGCUCAACCUCAACGACAACACCUUCACAAAGAGGGGAACGCUGGCAAUGGCUCAGGCUUUGGGGCACCUGAGGAACGUCCAAGUGAUCAACUUUGGGGACUGCUUGGUACGAUGUGAAGGCGCCAUCGCCCUGGCGGCUGUCCUCAGAGAAGGCUUGCCGAUCCUUAAGGAGCUGAAUCUGUCAUUCGGUGAGAUCACGGACGCAGCGGCUCUCGUGGUGGCUCAGGCGCUCAAGGACAAGCCUCUCUUGGAGAAAGUGGAUCUGAACGGAAACUGGCUGGGUGAGGAGGGCUGUGAGGCUCUAAGGGAAGCGAUGGAGUGCCAGGAUAAAGGAGAUAUCCUGGCUUCACUCAGUGACGAUGAGGGAGAAGCCGAGGAAGAUGACGAACAACACGACAACAGUGACGACGAGGACGACUUAAAGGAAAAUGGAACAACGGCAAACGAAGAGAGUCCUUCGAAAGCCCAUUGUCCGGAAGAAGUCUUCUCUUUUCUGGACUGCCCGUCUACGGAGAAGCUUCUUCAGCUGGGAGAGAUGAGGAAACAUCUAUUACCAGAGGUGAACAUUUUGGAUCUACAGAGGGCUGUGGAUGUCCUCCUAAAAGUGGCUUCUUUGUAUGGCAAGGAACCAGAAGCCAAGGCUAUUGUGCUGGAAACCUUUGACAUGCUGUUAAGAAAGCUCACUGGUUCAACUCUUCAGGCGUACACUAUCUUCUCCACGCUGCUGGUCCUCAUAGGACUCCUCAAGGGAGAAGCCAGGAGCAAAAAGUUGCCACCCAGCCCAGGCCUGGUAUUGUGUUUGGAGCACGCGGUCCAGCAGAACUACUUCGCCCAGGAUCACGCCUUACUUCUUCACACCAUCCUGUCCAAGAACCCCAAAGCCCUCAAGUCAGGCAGAAGUAGCAGCAUAGACAAGUUAAGUUCAGCACUGGAGAAGAAACUCCUGGAUUAA